GUAUUUUUCUCUGCUCUACUCGUUCUCACUCGAAGAGCAAUACAAUUCGGCGCGCGCAGUUCAGCGUGCAUGAUUCAUUUUUUUUCGCACACGUUUUUGGCCCAUAUUUUGAUAUUUUUGGACCAUUAAUUUUUCAGAAGGAAAAAACACGACGCCAAAUAGUGCUGCGUCGAAUCGAGUGCCCAAAUGUAUCGACUUAACCCCAUCACGAAAAAAUUUUUUUCUGAUUUCACAAAUUUUAGCUUUUGAUCUACUUACAUGUUGGUCUAAAUAAAUUAAAUUAAAACAAGCUAUCUGUAUAAUGUCUUCUGUUUCAUUAGCCACACCAUCAAGAUGCGACAAUGUCGAAAAGGUCCAUAAAGAAAAAACUGGUUCCAAAGUACGAAUACGAGCUCUUUUGGGUCGUCUUUUCAAUAAUGGCUCUGAUAGUGAUUGUGCACAGAACGGAAUUGCAAAUCAACAUAGUGCAAAUGAAAUAUCAGGGCCAUACAACACAGUUCACAGGAUACAUGUUGGUUAUGAUGGACAAAAGUUUACUGGAUUGCCACAAUCUUGGUUGGAAAUGCUGCAGCGAGACAUAACAGAAAUAGAUCAAAAACGUAAUCCAACUGCUGUUGUAGCUGCUCUAAAGACUUAUGCCCAACUGUUCAAACAAAAUGACUGUGACAGAUUUAUGAUAACUCAAAAGUCUGUUUAUGCUGAUGAUGAUUUUGUCGUCUAUGGCACAAGCGGGCAAGAAAUUUCUCGUACUUCUGCUACUCUAACUCCUAGUACAAAUUCCAGCGGAUCACAUGGUAAUUUAAACGACUGGGACAAUUUUGUUUAA